GGAACCAACCAACCUUAAAGCGAUUGCAUGACUGUGACUGAAAAUCGAAGCAUUAUCUUUUGGGAUUUAGGCUGCUAAAAAAACAGCAGAAAACUAAAUCCUGAGGUGAAACCGUGUCAUUAAAUGCGUCAUUCAAUAGGCGAUGGUGUGGUCGAAUGCAAAAACACCAUGUCUUUGCCAACAUCGAAGCCUGCAACAAACCCAAGCCAAACACCACCACCUGCAUCAAGUUCACCCCUCGCCCGUAAUGUAAUAACAGCAGCAGGUAUUGCGUCCAUCCCAAAGAUGACUCCCAAAUACAGCAUGUCUCCUCUCGUCAGUGACAGCAUGACAAAAAGACGUAGUUCCUCACGGUCGAUUAAACGCAAGAAAUUUGACGACGAGCUUGUGGAGAGUAGUCUAUUAAAGACCUCCAAAGGAAAGGUAUCAACAACAACGUCGCCUUCUGGCCCAUCCCAACCGGUCGAGAAAGAAGAGAAGAAAGAGAAAGAGAAAGAAGUGGUUAAACCUCCUCCACACUUGCCUCCUGCAACAGAGAGAAGAAAGAUAUCAACAAGACCUUCUUCAUCAUCCCACAACCAUCGUCCAUCCUCCUCCCAUCGUCCUUCAUCUUCAUCAAGACGGACUAAGAAACCCAAAUCUCUUACGUCGGUCACUAAGGAUCUUGGCCGGUGGAAACCACAAGAUGAUUUAUUACUCAUCAGUGCUGUGCAACAGACAAAUGAUAUUGAGUCAGUGUAUCAAGGAGUAAAGUUCUCAUGUCGGUUUACUCUGAAAGAUGUAGAAGAGAGAUGGUACGCUUUGCUCUACGACCCAAUAAUCUCAAAGUUAUCCCAGCAGGCCAUGAGAUCUUUACACCCUGAUGUUAAAGCAGUUGUCCUCAGUAAAGCUAUCUACAGUGAAGAUGAGGAGACCAUACUUGGUACCGUAACAUCUACAAGUCAACCAACAGCAGAAAUAUUUCAAGAGUUGAUCAACAAACACCCCACAUCGUUUCAUCCUGCAAGGACGGCCAAGGUGCUCUAUAAUCAUUGGCUGCUAAUGAAACAGUAUCACCUUCUUCCUGACCAAUCAGUUCAACCUAUGCCAAGGGGUGACCAUGUUCUGAAUUUCUCAGAUGCUGAAGAAAUGUUGGAUGACACCCAGCUCCAGGAUCAAAGAGAUGACAUUCUUGAGCAUGAAUUAUCCGUAUUUGAUAGGAGACAGAAACGUGAAAUCCGACAUCUUGAGAAUGAGAUUACAAAGUGGCAAUAUCUUGUGGAUAGUGUGACAGGAAUCACGUCACCAGCGUUUGAUAAUCAAACUCUAGCAGUUCUUCGAGGACGGCUGGUCAGAUAUCUCAUGAGGUCAAAUGAGAUAACGAUUGGUCGAUCCACCUCGGACAGUACCAUCGACGUUGAUUUGUCUCUUGAAGGACCUGCCUGGAAAAUCUCUAGACGACAGGGUCUUAUCAAACUCAGAAACAAUGGAGAAUUCUGCAUCGCUAACGAAGGGAAAAGGGCGAUUCACAUCGAUGGAAAACCAGUCCUGAAAGGCAUGAAGUGCAAGCUUAAUAACAACUCUGUUGUUGAGAUUGCCGGGUUGAGAUUCAUCUUUCUCAUUAACCAAGAUUUGAUCAACGUCUUAAGAAGCGAUUCAUUGAAGGGAACUACCUGACGACUGACAUGUGGAUAUCCUAGACGAGAGCCUUAGCAUUAGCAAAAACAGGCACAUGCUGCAACAAAAAACAGUCCCUCAGCCAUUAGAAACAUCUAGACUUUCAUUGCUUUUUGAGCAAGCCACCUUUUCUUUCUAUAAAAGAAUGGAAUUCAGCUAGACAGAGUUCUCCCUUAACAGCUGGCCAAAUUCUAGUCAAAAUACUCAAGGUGGGUCCGGCUGGUUUGUUCAGUGUUGAAAAGUAUCAUCAUUUCAUUUGAAACAUUUUACUUUUAUAAAAAAAGCCUCUGGACUACUGAGACGGCAAGCCGUUUCUGGAGGUGCUGGCCAGUGACUAAGUAAGUUAAUGGCAAACCCUGCAAAGUUCAAAGCUAAUGACAAUAUUUGAAAAGAAACCUUUAAAUAUGGACCACUGAAAAAGCUGACGGACCAGUGGAACUACAAGCUAAUUGGUCCUGCUAUGCUGGCUGGUGACUGCAAAGGUUAAGGGCAAACCCUGCUAUAGAAAAUUAGAGAAUGUAUUCAGGAAAAUCGUUAAAAAAGGGCAGGACAAAGGAGGACACAUUUUUGGACCCAAGGGUUUUUGCGUGGCCUGUACAUUCCAAUUUGACCUCAGCGAGAGGUCAAUGAUUUGUGUGUGGAGUUCAAGUUUCCUAAACUUGUCAGCUGUGGUACCAUGAUUAGCGGAUAUUCUCUGAUUUGGUUUUCAAUGUCUUUGGCUAGAUGCCAUGGCUUGUGAGGGGGCAUGAAUAAUUUACCUACAGGGGGGCAUCAAUGUUUACAUUACUCUAAAAUUGUGGGUUGGUAUAGCAAAGAAAAUUAUUGAAACUCUGGGGGAGGGGGAGUGUUGUUUUAUUUAUUUAUUUAUUUAUUUUUUUUGGGUGGAGGGUUGAACAAUGGGUUCAGUAGAUUUGUUUUUGGAAAAUAAAAAACAUUGAUAAUUCUGACUGGUCAAAUAAGGUUAAUGUUUUGUUGGAACCUUGCCUCCCUAAAAUUCCUACUUGAGUCAUUGAAGCAAAGUUGGAACAUGAUGAACCUAUAAUAUUAGGCCUCUUCCAAAAUCCUUGUGGAUCUAUGGCGCUGAGCAGGACUAUUGCUAAGCACAACAUACAGGACACCUUUCUGCUAAGCUAGAUUUGUGUUUGUUGGCUAUUUUGUUCUCAUUGAUGACCGCUUCUCUCCAUUCUUUAGAAUUGAAAAUCAAGCGACUGGCUAUAAGUGGCUAUAUGCCACUAUAGCCACAGCCAGACAAAAACAAAGUUAAAACCUGAAAAAUGUUCCUAAAAAGAAGCCCAAGACCCGAGGCCCAAGAUGAUCAGGGAAUUAAAAUCCUGAUAGCCACCAACUGCUUUCCAUUUAGAGACAUAACAAAUAUUUUGUAACAUAUUGAUUGUAAAUAAAAGUGGAGCUGCUGAAUGCAUUGAUAAUUA